AAAGCUUAUAUAUAUAUCAUCCAUCAAUCAAUCAUGUCCACUCCAGCCAAGCCAUUCGCAGCAGCAAUACUCGAUAGACUUAAAGCCAUCACAGACAAGGUCGUAGAGGACUUGGGCUAUUGCAUUGAGAAUAAUGUAGCCGAGGAGGAGGAUGAUAACAGUACGAUGUCUCCACUGGUCAUCCCCUUCACGCAGAGCACCUCCAAGACAAAGUUGGUGGGCCAGCUGCAAAAGGUGGCCAAGUCGUGGACGGAGCUGACGGCGUCGCUCAACACUCUUUCCCGCUCGGCAAUGAUCAUCAACAUCCGAACGAUGUGCGAUCUGCUCUCUGCGAUGAACAACGACGUCAACGCAUUCAGCACUGGCAUGCCCGAUGGCAAGGCCAAACUCAAGUUCUUGGAGCAUGUUAGCAAGCUAAAGUCAUCGUCCGUUCAGCUCAAGAUAACCAUCUCAGUGAGAGCAUCAUCAGAUGGUGAUGAUAACCUGACCGACACAGACAAGAAGUUAGAGUCGCUUUAUGAGACAAUGGGAGAGGCAUUCGAUGUGAUCACUCACUCGGACAGAGUGUUCAAUGAUCUGGAUUUCAAGCAGACCAGUUCAUCAUCAACAUGGAACACCAUCAGUUGGAACUAA